UCAUCAGUCCCGUCGCUGACGCACGCGCUCGGCGGCGCGCGCUGGGACCUGCUCUCCUCCUCUUCUACUCCUCCUCCUCCUCCUCUCUUGUGAAGCAGAGUCCGGACUCUCAGCACAUCACUGGGGUCGGACAUCGGAGGCUCAUUUCCCCCUGAAGCCACAUGACCACGCGCCGCACCGGACCCAGGAACACCGGAGCACCGGAGGAAGGAACACCGAACCGAAACUGAGCGGCGCUGUGCCAGGCAGAAAAAUGGGGCUCUCUGGGCGUCUGCUGCUGGUCUUCCUGUUUGCCGUCCUGUCACACGGCGCUGAGCCCGGAGCGUCUGGCAGGAGGAGGAAGGUGCAGAGAUCACCUGGAACUGGUAACGCCCUACAACACCUCAGCUAUAGCGGGGACCGCGGGGGGGACCGCAGGGGGGACCGCGGGGGGGCCCAAGGGGCCCGUCCUGCCACAGCCGGGAUGCUCUCCCACAGGUCCCUGCAUCCUCUGGCCCGGCCCGAGGAUGACGGGACGGGCUUGGAGGGUCUGAGCCCUGUGCGGGUGGAGGCGGGUCCCAGCAGGGAGCGACCUCGUUCACACGGUGCCUUCGGGCUUCGGGAAAACCAGCUUCUGGGAUCGUGGAAAGGGGCGGGGCUCAGCUCUGAGCUGAAGAAACCUGGGGGCCGGCGGGACAAAAGGCGGCACAGAAAAGGGUUUCCGCCGGAGUCUGAGCUAAAAUCUGAGGUGGGGGCAAGAGACCAGGAUCCUCCUUCUUCCUCCUCUUCCUCUAUGUCCUCCGCCUCCCUUGGCCUGACCCAACCCAUUGAACCCCCCUCCCCCAUCAUUAGUGUCUCUGGCUUGGGCUCCUCCACUGUUACCACAGCAACCACCGAGCAACCCCCCACGCUGCUGCCAGCCUCCUCCAAACCGCAGAAAUCCGGACGAGGAAAAGGACAAGCAGAAGUGAUGCCGACGUUGGACAUGGCGCUGUUUGACUGGACAGACUAUGAGGACAUGAAACCUGCAGAAACCUGGCCGUCCUCCAAGAAGAAAGACAAAAGGAGGAGUAAGAACCUGAGCAGUGGAAACGUGACUCUGGACGCCGACGCCGCCGAGCCGUGCGACCAUCACCUGGACUGCCUCCCAGGUUCUUGCUGUGACCUGAGGCAGCAUGAGUGCAGAGCUCACAACAGAGGGCUGAACAACAAAUGCUACGAUGACUGCAUGUGUGAGGAAGGCUUUCGCUGUUAUGCUAAGUUCCACCGGAAGCGGCGUGUGACCAGGAGGCGGGGUCGCUGCGUGGUGCCAGACUCCGUCAGCAGUGACCAAGGGGGCUUCAUCACUAUAUGAGGAGGAGGAGGAGGGAGAGCAGGAAACGACCACGGGGACUCUGACGGGACAUCAAUAACCCGACUGACGGACCAAAUCCGGUCCUGCUUUUGGAUCCAUCAACGGAUGAAAUCCAUCCGUUUGUUUCUUCCAGUUCGAUUCGUUCACAACAGCAGCUCUCAGAAAGUUUAUCUGUCAGAUGAUUUUGAUGUCAGAUCAGGAAAUGUUCCUUAUUGCUGCUAUUUUUUUUCUUUUUUCUUUUUUUGCUAUAGGUCUAAUUUUAUUGGAUUUAAAAAAGCGACAUUUUAUCUUUUAUUUUGAAAUGUGUCACUUCCUGUUUCCAGUUGAAACUUCCGUUCUCAUUCUCGUUCUUGUCUUGGAUGUUCUAGGUUAGAUUGUGUUCCUGCUUCACUUUUAAAGUUUAAAAACGUUCGUCUUUUCUCUUCAUCUCCUAAAGUGUCCAAAAAUAAUGUCCUCAAUGCUCGCCGUCCGUCUUUUCAUGCUAAUCUAGAGUUAGUCACAGGGCCAAGGACAUUUAUUCCUUUUUUCUAUGAUGUUGUUAUUUAAGGCAAACAAAAACAGCUGAUAGGGGUGCAUGAAAAGGUCUUUUAAAACCGUUUUUGGUAUUUUGAAAUUCAUUUGACUGAUGAUUAAUCAUCAGAACAGCAGUUGAAUUAAAGUUGUCCAUUUAACUGUU